CGCCUAACAUAUCUUUAAUUUCCACUAUGAAUUGUUCACUACCACAAAUUAGAAUUUGUAAAUGUUCUAAGCCGGUUUUCGCUAUAUAAUCAUCAAAAUGCUUUCUACUAAGUUUUUCUUUAUGCACUACCUCGUUAUAUUUACAAUUAUAGUCGGAAAAAUCGCUCAGAAACACUUCAUAAGUAAAAUUCCAGUAUCUGGAAAAUUCCUUCAAAGCAUUUCUCAUUAAAAUGUCGUUACAGCUGCGACAACAAAAAAAUAGCUUCAAAAAAGUGCAACAGUCCUCGUUUUUUAGUAUUCCCUCGAUAAUCUCGUGGAAAGGGGCUAUUCCCGUACCCUGCGCGAUAAAAAGCAUAUUUUUGUACAUGUAACUCGCCGUAUAAUCGCCAUACGGCCCCCUCCAUAGAGUUUUCUGAUUUAUUUUCAUGUUUCUAAAAAACCGCGACAUCUCCCCAUUUCUGUACAGUUUAAUCAAAAUCGCGAACUGUUUUUCGUUCAAAUUCGCCAAUUUUAACGGCGUGUACGCCUUGGAAAACUCCUCGCCAGCCCAAUUUUUCCCCUUGACAAAAAAAUGCUGCCCCGCGGUAAAUUUAACGAUGAAAUCGUCGUAAUUUUUACCCGGAGCGUCGUUGUGGAAACCCGCGAACUCGAACGUGUAGAAAAACGUGUUUUCCGUGUGCUUUUCGAUGUUUACCGCACGGAAAAUUGACAGUUUCGCAGGUAGAAUGCACGACUUCUCCAAAUUUUGACCUUCUUUUUUUUGACGAUAUAAUUUUAAUUGCUCCUCGUAGACGUCCAAAAUGCACGGAUUGCAACCCGAAUUGCAACAAUCGUCCGGAUUCGGCUCUUCCGGAAGCUCCAUUAUCAAGAAUUUUUAAUAACAAAGCUGUGUUUAUGUAAAAUCUACGUACUUGGUGAGUUUGGUUUUGUUAGGUUUGUCAGUUGGCGCGCCUGCGCCGAGUCGACUUGGUCUGUCAAAAACAAACGUCAUCUUUCUCUUUAGCCAAGUGUUGCAAACAUGGCUGUUGGUAAAAAUAAGGGAUUGUCUAAAGGCGGCAAGAAGGGAGUCAAGAAGAAGGUCGUGGACCCCUUCACCAGAAAAGACUGGUACGAUGUUAAGGCCCCUAGCAUGUUUGCCACCCGCCAGGUUGGAAAAACCCUGGUGAAUCGUACGCAAGGAACCAAAAUCGCUUCAGAAGGUUUAAAAUUCCGCGUUUUUGAAGUUUCCCUCGCUGAUUUGCAGAACGACAACGAUGCUGAACGUUCUUUCAGAAAGUUCAGGCUCAUCGCUGAAGACGUGCAAGGCAGAAAUGUCCUUACCAACUUCCAUGGCAUGGACUUGACCACCGACAAGUUGCGUUCCAUGGUAAAAAAAUGGCAGACCUUAAUCGAGGCAUCUGCUGACGUUAAAACCUCUGACGGUUAUUUAUUGAGGGUUUUCUGCAUUGGUUUCACCAACAAAGACCAAAUCUCGCAGAGGAAAACUUGCUACGCCCAACACACACAAGUUAGGGCCAUUCGCAAGAAGAUGGUCGAGCUGAUCACUCGCGACAUUACCGGCAGCGACUUGAAGGAGGUGGUCAACAAAUUGUUGCCCGAUUCCAUCGCCAAGGACAUUGAAAAGUCCUGCCAGGGCAUCUACCCCCUGCACGACGUGUACAUUCGCAAAGUGAAAGUGUUGAAGAAGCCACGUUUCGAGCUCUCCAAACUUUUGGAGAUGCAUGGGGAUGGCGGUAAAGGCGAAGGCGCCGUUGGUGGGGAAGGGGGCUCGAAGGUUGACAAACCAGAGGGUUACGAACCACCAGUGCAAGAAGCCGUUUAAGUUUUUUAUAAUUAACUGAUAAUUAUAUGUAUAAAAAUUGAAAAAUCAAUAAAUACGGUGUAUUUAGACAA